UUUGUUUAUUGCUGUUCGACCUGUCUUGCUUUCAACGGGCGAGGUUUUUUGAAACAAAGAAAAGCUUUUCAGAGUUUUCCUUAGCCCCAAGGGUUCGCACCCUCGAAUCUCAGACGACCUCCGACUUGAUUCCCGCCAUUUCUCUGCAGCAAGAGGAUGCUGCGUUUUGGAGACAAUAGUAAAAGGAUAUGGCUGAGUUGAAAAGCGAGCAGUGUUGUCUUGAGAACAAACAGUCUGCUGCUGCUUCCAGCUCAUCUAUUUCUGAUAGCAGUUAUAGCACUUUGAAGUCCCCUGGGAAUUGCAGCCCUGAUACAGCAUCACCAUCUCAUCGGAGGACUACUGGCCCUAUAAGGAGAGCAAAAGGUGGUUGGACUCCACAGGAGGAUGAAACAUUGAGAAAGGCUGUUCAAGCUUUCAGGGGAAAAUGCUGGAAGAGAAUAGCUGCAUUUUUCCCUGAUAGGUCAGAAGUGCAGUGUCUGCAUCGAUGGCAAAAGGUCCUUAAUCCAGAGCUUGUUAAAGGUCCAUGGACACAGGAGGAAGAUGAUAGUAUCAUUGAACUAGUGGCAAAGUAUGGGCCAACAAAAUGGUCUGUUAUAGCAAAAUCUUUGCCAGGUCGGAUAGGGAAACAAUGCCGGGAGAGAUGGCACAAUCAUUUAAAUCCGAUGAUAAGAAAAGAUGCUUGGACCUUGGAGGAGGAACUCGCACUUAUGAAUGCUCACCGGACACAUGGGAAUAAAUGGGCUGAAAUAGCUAAAGUCUUACCUGGAAGGACUGAUAACUCCAUAAAGAAUCAUUGGAACAGUUCCUUAAAGAAGAAGCUAGAUUUUUAUUUGGCCACUGGAGAACUCCCACCAGUUCCUAAAACUGGACUGCAAAACGGUACCAAAGAUGUAUCAAAACCAGCAGUUAAAGGGAAGUCCUUUGUUUCUUCCAGUAAAGGAGUGGACUUAAUUGCUCAAGUUUCCUCAGGAGUUGCAGAGUUGUGUAAAUUGGAUGAAGGCUCCAAGGAUCAGUUGGAAUCACCAAGCCCACCAGUCCUAGACACAGAUGCUUCAGCAUGUUUACCUUCGUAUAGGCAUACUAAUUCUGAUGAUGCUGAAUGUGAUCCACUAGCAUCAAAAUUGGAUAAUAGCUGUAGUCAAUCUGAUUCAACACCCAAGGGUGACAGCAAUGAUGAAAUUGACCGAGACAACGAGGUUGCUGGAACACUGUCACAGUGUGGUGUUCCAACUUUUGGUUCCUUGUACUAUGAGCCACCACAUCUAGAAAACUGUGGUAUUCCUUUGGAUUCUGAUUUCUCUAACACGUAUUACUCCAUGUACCAGUCAUAUAACUCUAGCCCCACUAUGUCACCUAUCAGUUUCUUCACUCCACCUUGUGUGAAGAGUUCUUUUUCAGGCGGACAAAGCCCAGAAUCCAUACUGAAGAAUGCUGCUAAGAGCUUCCCAAACACUCCCUCUAUCUUAAGGAGGAGAAAGAGGGAAGCACAUGUUGCACCAUCCCCUGAGAAAAUUGUGGAAACAGAUGAAAUAAAGGCCAAGGAUAGAUUAAGUGCACCAGAAGAAAAAGAAAGUACCAGAAACAGUCUGAAAUGGACAAGAUCUAUAAGUGGAAAUUUGUGUGAGAGUCCUUCAUGUCAUGGUGAUGGCAGUGUUGGACAGUACUAUGAGAAGGCUUUUAAUGCUUCUCCUCCUUAUCGUUUGAGAUCAAAACGUACUGCAGUAUUCAAGUCUGUGGAAAAACAACUUGAGUUCACUUUAAAUGAAGAGAAGUUUGAAGGUGAUACUAAAUCUGGGAAUCUGGCUAUUAAAGGGACUCCUUAUGCUACUGAGGACUGUUUACAUGCAACAAAGAUGGGGGUCACCUAGUAACAUAAAGUGUAAGGUUAUUCUGGAACUAGGUAAUUCUUUUUAGUGCAUUGAUGAACUCUUGGUGCACAAUCCUUCCAUGUAAUGUUUGUUAAUGUUACCUCUUUUGCAUUUUCUUUCUCCUUGUAAUCAAGUCAGAAGUAAAUUCAAGAUCUUGGUGACUUGGACCACGACCUGAUUGUAACAUGCCAUAAAAGUAAAUUGACUGCAGCCAUGCUUAUGGUGUUCACAAUUUGCUCUUUGUUUUAUAUAUAAUCUUUUUGAGUUUGUUUACCC